AGAGCCCCGCCGCGCGCAGACGGUCGGCAGAUCGGCGCCAGGUCAGCUGGAAACGGUGGUCGGAGGACGGAGGCGCCCCGACCCGCUGGUCCCGUGCUGUUUGGUGGGGGAUGGCGGAAAUCGACGCCAGUUCGGAGCGGUGUGAAAGCCGUGAGAAAGUGAGCUGCUGACACGAAAUCGCGACAACGGUGAUGGACUGGGAGGUGGUGUAGUGUUGAAUCUCGCCGACUGAUUGGUGGGUGGGGUUGGUUUACGCAUCAGCCCAGGCCCAGUGUCUGGAUCUGAACGGGCACCGAUGGCGGACACUCAGCGAUGGCUGGACAACCGGCGCAUGUCGGUCAACCCGUUCCAGUGGCUCCAGCCCGUGGACUACUCGUUCCUCCGACUGGCGGCGUUCAAUGAGGUGGAGGGCGAGGACCCGCGCACGGACGCCCACUGUCCGCGCGUGGACCCCGAUACGGGCCGCUUCAUCGCCAGCACGGUGCGCUUCAACAACAACCACAUCACCGAGCUGCCGGGCCUGCGCGCCACGCUCGACGCGCUGCUCUUCGACCGCAACAUGCUCACCUGGCUCGACCUCUCCUUCAACGGCAUCGGCGCCGUCGACGACAACCUCACCUCGCUCACCAGUCUGAAGGUGCUCUACUUCCACGCCAACCAGCUGACCAGCCUGCAGGAUGUGGCCAAGCUGGCCGCGCUGACGCAGCUCACCUCUCUAACGCUGCACGGAAACCCGCUGGAGGAGGCGACGCCGCGGUACCGGACGCGCGUGCUGCUGCUGCUGCCCGGGCUGCGGAGACUGGACUUCAGCAGUGUGACGCGACGGGACAGAGCCAUCUGUCAGUACCAUAUGCUGCCCAAGCCGAGACAGCGGAAGCAGGCCGAGGAUGAUGAUGACGCCGUGGGGUAAAGCAGAGUGCGAGGAUAUACGAUACGAAACGUGCGAGACGAGUGAUAUACGACUACCAUACUGGUAUUGUUCCGUGGCGGAGCCGAGUGUGAUGUGUCUACAAUUUACAAAUUGCGCUCCUGUAACAGGAUACCGGUAAAUUUUACAAAUGAUGGACGUAAAUGGUGGCUCUCGGACACGGCCGCGCCCAAAAAUCAACGAAAUGCAUAUGUACAACUAAAUUUAUGCGAACUCAGUAGCCAGACUUUUGCAUGCAAUAACAUCGCGUCACUGUGUCGACCCAGCACAAGACGCGCAUAACAGGUGACCUCCCAGCAAAGGACCUACAAUAGACACAUUCAAUAGAAAAGCAUCCAAUGACACCAGCUUCAACUUUCAUGUAAUCCCUCGGCCUCCGCUAGCAGAGGUCAAAGGCCGCGAGCCACCCGUAAUGCUCGAUUCCUGCCGGGUCCUGAUUGGCUGGUCAGCGACGUCACGUGACUGAUCUGACCCCGAACAGAGAACAGCGUCGUCAGUGAGUGUGUGAUUGGCUGCGGUGCAGGACGCGAUGUGAAGUUCGCUGCUGUGCGUCGCGUGCUGUCUACCCUAACGGAUUCACACUGCUUCGUGCGAAAAGGUUAGCCAAACGCCGAUUGCGUCCAUUACAGAACUGUUACAGAUCAGCAAGAGUUUAUUGUAACACCUUGAUAAGUUGUUGGUCCAAAGAGCUUAAGCAGUUAAACCCCAAGCAGUCUUUUAUUGUGAAAUAAUCAAAUUUAACGCAAUGGAAGAGAA